UAUGAUUCUAGAUUAACUAGUGAUUGUACCAGAUCGUAGGUAUUCAUUGAAUUUGUUUUUGUGAUAGAAGAUAGCAAAGUGGGAUUUUGCAUACCGCAGUUAUGUGUUUCCAGUAUCAAUUUAAAAUCGUUUUAUGGUGAUAAUAUGUCAAAACCAAACAUAAGAAAAAUAACAGUUGACCCUUCGAAAUGUAACACAGACUCUCGACGACCUAGCGUAUUUGAGAGGUUGGGUACCAAACCACCAGCAACUUCCACCGGCCAAAACAAUUCCGAUUACUGUAGAAAUUGGGCUCUGAAUGGCAGUUGUUCGUACGGGAAGAGUUGCAAGUACGCAAUCACGCACACACUGAUCAGCCCAUCAAAACGUGUGAAGAAAGAUAAUGCUCCUACAAGUACAACUGUGCCUAGCGAAGAUCCAUUCAAGCGAGUCACUUCAAAAAUUGUAAAAAAGACAUCUCAUAGUCCUGACCUUAAUUUGGAGGAGUGGAACCAGACAGAUCUGGAAUACGAAGACGAAAAAGCUCUAGAAAGAAGACUUCAGCUCUUACAAAGAGAGUUAGAAUUACAAAUGAAGAAAGACAAGGAAAUUCAUGGCAAAGAAAAGACAACAAAGCACAAAAAAAAAGCUAUGAGCUCAUCAUCUAGUUCUCACAGCUCUAGCACAUCCAGCAGCAGCAGUAGCUCUAGUAGUGAUGAUUCUUCAUCUAGCUCCACUUCAGAUUCUCGCAAGAAAGUCAAGAAGGUUAAGUCCAAACGACAUCAUAGUGCAUCUUCAGAUUAUGAUGAAGACAAGGAACGAAAAAAGAAGCUCAAGCUGAAAAGACUGGGAACAAAGAAUGAAAAACUUAUUGUGAAAAAGAAACGCAAGAUUGAAGUGUUGAGCAAAAAAGAACCUGUUGUAAAGGCGCCUAAGAAAGUUGCUAUUUCUUCAUCCAGAAAGCACUCUUCUACCAGGGUUAAAUCACCAACUGUGUCAGCACAUGCUUCCUCCAGUAAAGUAAAGGAAAGAAACCGGAGUGAAUCCCCAAAACCAAGGAAUAGGGAAGUGGAGAAAGAUAAGCAUCAUAAAAAAAUUAGAGAAGAUGAGCCAUCAAUGAAAGAUAUAGUGAAGAAUAAGGCUACUGAUAAAUCUAAAGAAUCUGAUAAAAACAAAAGCCGCAUUGUCGAAGAUCGCGGAAAAACUGACGACAAAUCAAAACACAGAGUAAAAGAUAAAGAAAGACGUUCUAGAACACCACCUAUUGAUAAAUCUAAGCACCAGUAUCCUAAAGAUUUUACCAACACAAAAUCGAGGCGCAGUCGAACUCCAGAGAAACCAUUGAGGUCUAAACGCGAGGCAACUCCGCUUCGUCACCAGGAGAGUAAAGUAUCCUCAGGAAGAUCCAGAGAGAUAGAUAAAAAAGAACGUGAUCUGUACAAAGGAGAUCGAAACAAAGACAAAGACGACAUUCGCAAAAAUGAUCAAUCCAAAUCAAAGCCUUCGUCUAGUCAAGAAGACUCUCAUCGUAAAAAUGCAGUUCGAGAUAUCGAGGAGAAAAAUUAUGGCAGUGAACGCAAUCGGCAACGAAGCAAGGAACGUAGAGACAAGGAGCACAACUUAAGAGACGAUAGAAGUCAUUCAAGAUUAGGCAGAGAUCAACGUGAUUCUCAGCGAGAAAAAGAGCGAGAAGAUGUACAGGAAAGGUGUCGAGAUAGACAACGAGAACGAGAUCGUGAAAAAGAUGCAGUUAAAGUUCGAGAAAGAGAUAUACCACCACUCAUGGCAACAACGGCUAUUAAUCCUAUGGAUAAGAAUGGUCGGUAUGGCCGAGACAAGGAUAGAUACAAAGAUGGAGGGGUUGACAAAAGUGGACAGAGAGAUAGACGGAGUGAGAGAGACCGAGAAAGGUCAGAAAAACCUUUGGAUCGAGACAGAGCCUUACAACGAUUUGAUGCUCGCUAUGACAGAUCUUUGGAUAAAGAAAUGUUGCCUCACAAAGGUGUGGAGAGAGACAGACAAGAGCGUUUUCCAAGAGAAAGAUCUCUCGAUCGUGUAGUUGACAAAAACAUAUCUGCAGGAGCUCGUGACCAUGCUUUGGAACGAGAAAAUCUUUAUGAUCGGGACAGGCAUAGAAGAUUCAAUCCUAGAUUUGACAGAGGGCAUCCAGCCGAUCACGAGCGUAAGGAGCCACCUCAUAUUCCAUCCAAAAUAGACAGACUACCGGAACGAAGAGAUGGGUCUAGACGCAGCCUAGAAAUAGAGAGAAACUACGAUAGGGGUUACGCUCGAUUACCACCUGAGCAUUGGGAAGAACCUGAGGAACCUCCAAGAGUUGAUUAUCGAGAUCACCACGCUCACGAAGAUGAGAGACGUAAACCUAUGGAGCCAAGAAGAUACAACAGCCCUUUUGAAGAAAGACGAGCUAGAGAUGAACGACCAUCACGCUAUGCUAUGCAGAGUGAAAGGCCUUUUGAAGAUCCACAUCUACCCAUAUUUGCGGGUGAAAAAAUGAGACCUGGUGUAAACAGAGAUGAAAGUAGUAGUGACAAUUGGGACGUUCAUCAUGAGAUGGAGCAUGGCAGUAGAGACCGGAAUUACCAAACUACUGAGUGGGAGGAACGCGAAUGGAGAGCAGCUCGACCUCCGAUGUGGGAUAGAGAAAGUCCUCCACAUUCAGAGGUUCAUGAAGAAGAAUGGGCUGCACGCUACGACAGCCCUAUGCCUGAUUGGAAGUUGAAUGAAGGCAGAAAAUGGGACACCUUACCCCAUAAUCCACCCCACAAUCCACCUCACAUCCGAGGACCCUACAGAAAUGAAAGAAUCAAAGAAAUAGACUUGGGAGAACUACAUGGCAAACGACGUCCACCCUACAGUACUCCGGAAUUGAGAGAUGAAUGCUCUGCUCAUGGGUCAAAACAAGGAUCUUUACACGGUAGCAUGAAGGAAGAACCGAUAAAUAAAAAAUUGAUGGAAUUGGCAGAGGGUAGGGUCAGGAGAAGUAGAGAGAAAUCUGUUGAAAAUUUUCAGAAAAGAAUUCCACAACGCGAAAAAUCGGAAGUUAAAGAAUCCCCUUUGGCUGCAGAACCUAAACGUCCAUGCUUGGAUGAAUCUCUUCAAACUUUGCAUACGGAGAGUGAUUUGAGUGAUAUCAGCGAUGAUCCUGAUGAUAUUUUGAAUAUGGAAGAAGAAGAAAGUGAAACAUCAAAAUUGCCCUUGCCUAAAAAAAGUACAGAGAUUAAUGAACGAGACAUACAACCUGUACCAACUCCAGAAGCUUUACAGUUAUCACCAAAAGAAAUUGUAGAAGAAACUAUAUUUACCAAGGAAAAAGACACAAACGAACAAAUGGAAUUCAGAAAUAUCGAAGAAGAAAAUAUUGAGAAUAUGGACUUUGAAGAAAUAUCCGAUGGAGAACUUGAAGAGGAUAUUAAGACAAGCGGCAAGGGCUUGGGAGAUGCUUUGGGUGUAGAUUGGGAAAGUUUAGUCAAAGAAUCUCAGCCUCGUCGAGUUCUUACCAUGAAUCAAAAUACUGCUCAAAGUCGCUGGCAAUGUAAAGCUAUAUUUCAGCGCAUUGGUAUCUCUAUGAAAUAUGCAGGCGCGGAAAUGGUAGAGUCCAUAACAAAGAAGUACAGCACAGAUGAUGCUGAUAAAUUUCUUCUUAAUGAUGUCGCUCUUCUACACACUGCGCUCGUGAGACAGCAAUUUAUGAGUCGCACAUCAAGAACUUCAUUAAUCAGCGAAAAUUUAUUAUGCAGAAAUUAUGCUGAGCCAAAUGAGGACGAUGAUGAAGAAACUCUGCAACCUUGCACGAGCUUGUGUGAAGAAGCAAAGAAAUUAUUACAGAAAGUUGCAUAGAUAUUUUUCAUCUGCAUUGCAAUUGUUAAUACUUUUAUCUUUGUAUAACCAUAGUCACUUAGAAUCUACUAGGGAGAAUUGUACGUAUU